GUUUUCAGUAAUAUCGUGCAAAUAACGUGGAGUUGUGCGUUUUGCCGACCUCCGGAUGGGGGAAAGUGCCGCCGGAGGAGCCGAUGUCCCCAAGAACUAGGCGGCACUUUUCCGCCAGCCGAAGAUGCUUCUCAGAUCGCUUUUCCUGCUCUUUCAGGUGGCAGGUCUCUGCUGGCGUCCCCUUUCUCGUCCUUUCUGAGGCUCUGAUGUGAGACGGCGACCGUGGAUCUGCGACUGGGACUGCGACUGCUGAGCGCCGGGCGGAGGACACGAUGACCACCAGCAGCGAGGAUGUGCUGCUCCAGAUGGGCGAGGUGCGGUACAAGAAGGGCGACGGCACCCUCUACGUGAUGAACGAGCGGGUGGCCUGGAUGGCGGAGCAUCGUGACACCGUAACGGUCUCCCAUCGUUAUGCGGACAUCAAGACCCAGAAGAUCUCGCCCGAGGGCAAGCCCAAGGUGCAGCUGCAGGUGGUGCUCCACGAUGGCAACACCUCCACCUUCCACUUUGUCAAUCGCCAGGGACAGCCCGCCAUGCUUGCCGACAGAGACAAGGUCAAGGAGCUGCUGCAGCAGCUGCUGCCCAACUUUAAGCGCAAGGUGGACAAGGACCUCGAGGACAAGAACCGCAUCCUCGUGGAGAAUCCCAACCUUCUGCAGCUCUACAAGGACCUUGUCAUCACCAAGGUGCUCACAAGUGACGAGUUCUGGGCUACACACGCCAAGGACCAUGCCCUGAAGAAGAUGGGCAAGUCCCAGGAAAUCGGUGUCUCUGGCGCCUUUUUGGCCGAUAUUAAGCCGCAAACUGAUGGCUGCAAUGGCCUCAAGUACAACCUCACCUCCGACGUGAUUCACUGCAUUUUCAAGACCUAUCCCGCCGUUAAGCGCAAGCAUUUCGAGAAUGUGCCCGCAAAGAUGCCCGAGUCCGAGUUCUGGACAAAGUUUUUCCAGUCGCACUACUUUCAUCGUGAUCGCCUCACCGCCGGCACGAAAGAUAUAUUCACGGAGUGCGGCAAGAUCGAUGAUCAGGCCUUAAAAGCGGCUGUGCAGCAGGGAGCCGGUGAUCCCCUGCUGGACCUCAAGAAGUUUGAGGAUGUUCCUUUGGAAGAGGGUUUCGGCAGUGUGGCCGGGGAUCGCAACGUUGUGAACAGCGGCAACAUUGUCCAUCAGAACAUGAUCAAGCGGUUUAACCAGCAUUCCAUCAUGGUGCUUAAGACCUGUACUAAUGUGACUUCAGGACCUUCGACCAUGACCAAUGGCACCAAUAAUGCAAACGGACCGGUUUCGCAAUCCGCCUAUACGAAUGGUCUAAAUGGAAAGGCCUCGGCCACCGCCACAAAAAGUUCCGCAGAUCAGGUGGACAAAGACGAGCCGCAAAGCAAGAAGCAACGACUGAUGGAGAAGAUUCACUACGAGGAUCUGGGGGAUCCCUUGGUGGAAGCAGACGACGAUGCCGCCAAUGGAGAUAGGGCCAGCAAGUCAAAGCAGUUCGAGCUGUCCAAGGUGGAGCGCUACCUCAACGGUCCUGUCCAGAACAGCAUGUACGACAACCACAACGAUCCAAUGAGUCUGGAGGAAGUGCAGUACAAGCUGGUGCGGAACUCGGAGUCCUGGCUAAAUCGCAACGUGCAGCGGACUUUUAUCUGUUCUAAGGCCGCGGUAAAUGCCCUAGGAGAACUGAGUCCUGGCGGAUCCAUGAUGCGCGGCUUUCAAGAGCAGUCAGCGGGACAACUGGUGCCCAGUGACUUCCAACGAGAGCUACGUCAUUUGUAUUUGUCGCUGUCCGAGCUGCUGAAGCACUUCUGGAGCUGUUUUCCGCCCACCUCCGAAGAGCUGGAGGCGAAGCUGCAGCGUAUGCAUGAGACCUUGCAGCGCUUCAAAAUGGCCAAAUUAGUGCCUUUUGAGAAUCGCGCCAUGCACGAGCUCUCGCCGCUGCGCUCCUCACUGACCCAGCACAUGAAUCAACUGCUGCGCACCGCAAAUGGCAAGUUCGCCACCUGGAAGGAGAGGAAACUGCGCAACACCAGGUAGCAAACGCCCAACGGAGGCGAUCUCGAGCGUCUGCCACACACCUCAAGAACCAUUAUUAUAGACUAAGAGUAACUAUAAGCGUAUGCGGAACGCAUUGGAAUAAAACAUUAUUUGCAACUUGGUA